CAUGUGUGGCCCCAUGUCCUGAGGGAUCCCAGUGGACACCAGCUUUCGCGUCCUUCCCUGUGCUUUUAAGUUGUCCCAAGUCUCACAGCUAAGGAGCUUUGCAGAGAUCUUUCCAAGAAUCUUUCAUUGACCGUAAUGUGUCAUGAAUCCAAGAGAUCCUCCCAGCCCAACACAGUUCUAAAAGAAAAGUCCAGGCUGACCAGAGAAGAAGAGGUGGACAGAAGAUACUAGCUCACCCCCUGCACCUUGAAAUCACUGAGCCCUGACAGGGAAGCCAGCUGUGCAGGCAGACUCUGCAAGUGCUCGUCCGAGGCUGAUAGGUAGCCUGUACCGUGCCACACAAACGUGGCAGUAACACAGGCUCCUGAAGGUAAGAGGAUGGGCAGUGCUGUCCUUCUCCAGAGCAGGCGCUUCUGCGGGUGUAGACAGUGUGUAGACAGCGCCUGCCUGCCCUCCCUACCCUGGAGGCCAAGGCCGGGAUGUGGAGACUUGGCUGAUGGAUGUUUGCAAACAGGGCUUGUUUUCAGCCACCCACCGGAUGGUUCUGUGUGCUCUCGAGGUGCAGCCUAAUUACACAAGCACCACCUGCUACUGCCGGCAGAGCUUUCUCUCCAGCAUGCCCUGGAGUCGCCCUCUGGGGCCCGUGAGAGUCAACAGCUGAGUCUGGGAAUUUCAAAUCCUCUGAAGACAGCGCUGACGAGGACUAAGCUAGGGUGUAGCUCAGGGGUGGUGCCUGGCCUCUCAGGUGCUAGCCCGGGUUUGGUCACCAGGGCCACAAAAAUAAAUGAGAGAAAGUACAAACUUUCAGUUACUGAAAGUCCUAUCCCCGUGGUAGGAGAAUCACAUGUGAUAGAGAGGUUGGGCUGUGAACCUGCGCUUCCCCCAAAGCCUGGGCGUGAACACUCGGCAAGCUCCUCCUGCCAAGUCUGAAGCCAGCCAUGCGCUCUCCUGGGGCCCCAGAGCCUCUGGGUUCCGCAAGCCACAGAUGGGGUCUUUGCCUCCACACGGGAGGUGCACCAUGCGGAAAUGUUUACUGCAAACCUGCACUUCGCCCUGAGCCAGCCUGUCCUGCCACAGGAGUGCGGGGGUCCCAUGGAGUCCUGCUCCAUCGGCGGCUUCUCCACGCCGGGUCUUUGUGGGGAGCAGACAGCGUAACUGGCACUUCCCACUCCUCGGUGUCAUCGUACCUCGAUGUGCUGAGUGUGUAAAUUAAACUCACGGGCAGCCCACAUGAUAGGCGCCCUUAUCUGGGCUCACAGAUCACACAGGUUAGCCAUCCAAAGCUGUUAGUGAGACCAGCACAGACGGUACUGGCCAGGGGCACUGCCAGGUGAUUUGAACACAUUCCUUUGCCAGUGCCAUGACUGUCCUGACUUUAAAGACUAAGAAAAAUCCCAUGAACCACCUGGAUACAGGUUCAGGAGCCAUAGGAGGAUCCCGAGCCCGAGAAUAGCUCUGUCCUCACCUGCAGUUCUGCCCAGCAGGACAGAGGCAGUGGCUGGGUGACUCCAGCCACCAGGCCAGCGGCCAGCAGGCCACCUUGAGGGCAAAAUAGCAGAUCUGACCUCAAGAAAUGCAGCCAUGUCUCCCAGCAAUAUCUGUUUGCUCUCACUUCUGUGGUGCUGAAUCUGUCACCUUGCCCUUCCCUCCCCUGUCCUGCCGAGCAUUGCCCUGCCCUGUCCUGCCUGGCCCUGUCCUGCCCAGCAUUGUCCUGCCCAGCAUUGCCCUGCCCUGCAUCACCCUGCCCUGCAUCAUCCUGCGCUGCAUCGCCCUGCCCAGCAUUGCCCUGCCCUGCAUCAUCCUGCGCUGCAUCGCCCUGCCCAGCAUUGCCCUGCCCAGCAUUGUCCUGCCCUGCAUUGUCCUGCCCUGCAUCGCCCUGCCCAGCAUCGCCCUGCCCUGCAUUGCUCUGCCUAGCAUUGUCCUGCCCUGCAUUGUCCUGCCCAGCAUUGUCCUGCCCAGCAUUGUCCUGCCCUGCAUCACCCUGCCCAGCAUCGCCCUGCCCAGCAUCGCCCUGCCCUGCAUCGCCCUGUCCUGCAUUGCCCUGUCUUCCUCUGCCCUUCCCCCCACACCCCCGUAUUGCCCUGCUCCGCCUUGCUGGCACUCCAGCCAGGGAACUGAGAGAUCUAAGGUGCCCACAGUGUACCCUCAUCCCCCAGGAGAGGCUGGCCAAGUGCCAUGGCACACAGUGCGGGUUCUGCAGCCCUGGCAUGGUGAUGUCCAUCUACACGCUGCUGCGGAACCACCCAGACCCGACACCGGAGCAGGUCACUGAGGCACUAGGAGAACCCCACUGUCUGCCAAGUGAAGCGGCCAGGAAGGUGCUGCCUGGAGCAGGAGGAGGAGGAGGCGGGCUCUGUGCACACCCGGGAGAAGAUGUGCACCAAGCUGUACGACAAGGAUGAAUUCCAGCCGCUGGACCCGUCCCAGGAGCCCAUCUUCCCCCCAGAGCUGAUAAGAAUGGCCGAAGACCCCAACAAGAGGCGGCUGACGUUCCAGGGGGAGAGGACCACCUGGCUCGCCCCCGCGACCUUGCCAGACCUCCUGGAACUGAGAGCCGAGUUCCCCCAGGCCCCUCUCAUCAUGGGGAACACCACCGUGGGGCCCGACAUUAAAUUUAAAGGUGAAUUCCACCCCGUCUUCGUCUCCCCGCUCGAGCUUCCAGAGCUCUGUGUGCUGAAUUCCGAGGGUGACGGGGUGACCGUGGGCUCAGGACACAGCCUGGCGCAGCUGAGCGACGCCCUGCAGUCCAUUGUUUCCCAGCAGCCGAGCGAGAGGACGGAGACCUGCCGCGCACUGCUGAACCACCUGCGGACACUGGCCGGGGUGCAGAUCCGGAGCAUGGCUACUUUAGGAGGCCACGUGGCGACCCGGGCGACGGUCUCUGACCUGAAUCCCAUCCUUGCGGCAGGAAAGACAACCAUCCACCUAGUGUCCAAGGAAGGGGAGCGGCAGAUCCCUCUGGACGGCGCCUUCCUCGAGGGGUCCCCCGGGGCCGGCUUGAGGCCCGGAGAGAUUGUGCUGUCCGUUUUCAUCCCUUACUCCUCUCAGUGGCAGUUUGUGUCAGGGCUCCGGCAGGCCCAACGGCAAGAGAACGCCAUGGCCAUCGUCAACGCGGGCAUGAGCGUGCGGCUGGAGGACGGCAGCAGCACCAUCCGGGACCUGCAGGUGUUCUACGGCGGCAUCGGCCCCACCGUGCUCUCGGCGAGCCGCACCUGCGGGCAGCUGGUCGGCAGGCAGUGGGAUGACCAGAUGCUGGGGGAGGCCUGCCGUGGGAUCCUGGAUGAGCUCCGCCUGCCCCCCGGGGCCAAAGGUGGCCAGGUGGAGUUCCGGCACACCCUGAUGCUCAGCCUGCUCUUCAAAUUCUACCUGAGGGUGCAGCGGGCACUGAGCAAACUGGAUCCCCAGAAGUUUCCCGAUAUCCCAGAGGAGUACACCAGCGCCCUGGAAGAGUUCCCCAUAGGAACGCCCCAAGGCACACAGAUAUUCCGGUGUGUGGACCCCCACCAGCCCCCACAGGACCCAGUCGGGCACCCAGUCAUGCACCAGGCAGGCCUCAAGCACGCCACCGGGGAAGCAGCCUUUGUGGACGACUUGCCCCUCGUGAGCCAGGAGCUCUUCCUUGCCGUGGUCACCAGCACCAGGGCUCAUGCCAAGAUCAUAUCCAUCGACACUGGGGAAGCCCUGGCGCUCCCAGGUGUGGUCGCAGUGAUAACAGCGGAGGACGUUCCAGGGGAAAACAACCACCAAGGAGAGAUUUUCUAUGCGCAGAGAGAGGUGGUCUGCGUGGGUCAGAUUGUGUGCACCGUGGCUGCCGACACCUACGCCCAUGCCCGGGAGGCAGCCCAGAAAGUGAAGGUGGAGUACGAGGACAUCGAGCCCAGGAUCAUCACCAUCGAGCAAGCCCUGGAGCACAGUUCCUUUCUUUCUCCUGAGAGGAAGAUUGAGCAAGGGAAUGUGGAGCAGGCCUUCAAACACGUGGACCAGGUCAUCGAAGGAGAGGUACACGUGGAGGGCCAGGAGCACUUCUACAUGGAGACGCAGACCAUCCUGGCUGUGCCAAGAGCAGAGGACAAGGAGAUGGUGCUGCAUCUGGGCACCCAGUUUCCCACCCACGUGCAGGAGUUUGUGGCCACAGCUCUAAACGUCCCAAGGAACAGAAUCGCCUGUCACAUGCGGAGAGCUGGAGGAGCGUUUGGGGGCAAGGUGACCAAGCCUGCUCUGCUGGGAGCUGUUGCAGCAGUGGCCGCCAAGAAGACUGGCCGCCCCAUCCGGUUCGUCCUGGAGCGUGGCGAUGACAUGCUGAUCACUGCUGGCCGCCACCCGCUCCUUGGAAGAUACAAGGUUGGGUUCAUGAAGAGCGGGCUGAUCAAAGCCGUGGACCUGGAGUUCUACAUCAAUGGCGGCUGCACACCAGACGAGUCCCAGCUGGUGAUCGAGUACGUCGUGCUGAAAUCAGAAAACGCGUAUUACAUCCCUAACUUCCGGUGCCGGGGCAGGGCUUGCAAAACAAAUCUCCCGUCCAACACGGCCUUCCGGGGCUUCGGCUUCCCCCAGGCCACCGUGGUGGUGGAGGCAUACGUGACUGCAGUGGCAUCUCACUGUGACCUGCUCCCCGAAGAGGUGAGAGAAAUGAACAUGUACAAGAGGCCGAGCCAGACGGCCUACAGGCAGAGGUUCGACCCCGAGCCCCUGCGGAGGUGCUGGAAAGACUGCCUGGAGCAUUCGUCCUUCCACGCCAGGAAGCGGGCUGCCGAGGACUUCAACAGGCAGAGCCGCUGGAAGAAGAGGGGGCUCGCCGUGAUCCCCAUGAAGUAUACCAUUGGCGUCCCCGUAGCCUACUACCACCAGGCGGCGGCUCUGGUCCACAUCUACCUAGACGGCUCUGUCCUGCUGACUCACGGCGGCUGUGAACUGGGACAAGGCCUGCACACCAAAAUGAUGCAGGUGGCCAGCCGGGAGCUGGGCAUCCCCACAUCCUACAUCCACCUCUCUGAAACCAGCACCGUGACGGUGCCCAAUGCCGUCUUCACCGCGGGCUCCAUGGGCACAGACAUCAACGGGAAGGCCGUGCAGAAUGCCUGCCAAACCCUCAUGGCCCGUCUUCAGCCUGUCAUCAGGAGGAACCCUAAAGGGAAGUGGGAGGAGUGGAUCAAAAAGGCUUUCGAGGAAUCCAUCAGCCUCUCGGCCACCGGAUAUUUCAGAGGCUUCCAGACCAACAUGGACUGGGACAAGGAGCGCGGGGACGCGUUCCCCUACUACGUGUAUGGAGCGGCCUGCGCCGAGGUGGAUGUCGACUGCCUCUCGGGAGCACACAAGCUCCUGAGGGCAGACAUCUUCAUGGACGCCGCCUUCAGCAUCAAUCCCGCGGUGGACAUUGGGCAGAUCGAGGGGGCCUUUGUCCAGGGAAUGGGGCUGUACACCACGGAAGAACUGAAAUACUCCCCGAAAGGAAAACUGCGUUCUCAGGGCACGAAUGACUAUAAGAUCCCCACAGUCACGGAGAUACCAGAAGAGUUCCACGUCACCCUCGUGCACUCCCGAAACCCCGUGGCCAUCUAUUCCUCCAAGGUUUUAGAAUUCCAGUCCUUGUGUGCCCGUCGGAUCCAAGGAGGGGCAGGCAGACGGACCUGGCGGAGGACGGCAAACCCCACCUGGCGGCAGCAGGGCCAGAAGGGGCAGCCUGGAGGGAGAUGGACACUCCAGGCCAUGCCAAGUGACGCUCCAGCCAAGCCCCAGCUGACAGCUGGCACCUACACCACCCCAGGCCAGGCCCCUUCCACACCCCGUGGCCCUGGGCUCCCUUUGAAGCCUGAACUGCAGUCAGCUGCAGUAGUACCAAGCACAGGCAGGGCAGCUGGAGCAACGUGGACUCAGUGCUCAGCUCCCAGAAUCCGGGAGUCCAGACGGUGACCAGCAGUGCUGGGCUCCUGAGGCCUCCUGGGCAGGCACACAGGCAGCCGUACCUUCCCCGGCUCCUGGGGUGCCCUGUUCUCUGUGGAUCCACCAGCCAUGCCGACUCCAUGUCCCAGGUGACCCCUGUCACAGGGUGGCCUCUGUACAUAAGACCCCACCGCACAGUUGCUCUGGGAGGUGCCACAGAUCAGCACUCUGCACAGGAGUCCUGGAGGCGCCGGGCGCCGGCUUCCUCCAGCUGCAGACCCCAGAGGAGAAGGGAAAGGAAGGCGGGUUUGCGCCCGAAACCCCUGACCAGGAGCCCCUGCAGGUCCUCACCCCUCACGAGACGAGAGGCAGGGAGAGGAUGAGCUGAGGCCUCCGUCACCAAGGCCCAGGCCACCGGGAGCAACAUUGCUGCCUCCUCUUCCCCAGCCAGGCCCCAUGGGAGGUGGCGACAGCCCAAGGGCUGCAAGGACUAGGGCGUGGGGUUCUCUGCAGGGGGACUCAGCUCAGCCACUCAGGGUGACGGAGCCGGAGGAGACAGUGUGUGUCUGUGUGAGUGUGAGAGCACCCGUGGGUGGGUGUAUCUGUGUGAGGGCUACAUCAGUGUAUCUGUGUAUUUCUGUGUAUGAGAGCAGUUGUGCCAAUGCCCUUUCCUGUGAGUGUACCUGAGUGUGUGUUUCCCCAUCAACCUUGUAUCUCUGGCCCAUGUGUCUGCCAGGGACUGGGCGAGGCAGGGAUGUUCCUGGGCUCCUCGGUGAUAUCUGCCAUCUGGGACGCGGUGGCCGCUGCCCGCAAA